GCCCAGUGCGAGCCCCCGGGCCGCGCCGGCCCGCCGCCGCCGCCCAUGCCCUGCCCCGCCGCCGCCGGCCUCGUCGCCGCCACCGCCGCCGAGCCAUGACGCUGAGCUCGGGCAUGUCCGACGCCUGCGGGCUGGCGGAGGAGCCCGACAUCGACGUGGUGGGCGAGGACGAGGAGCCGCCCCGCCCGCGCGGCGCCGCCGCGGCCGCCGAGGAGGAGGAGGACGAGGAGGAGGAGGACGAGGCGGGCGAGGAGCUGCUGCUGCCGCGCUCCCCGGCGGCCGCGCCGCGCUCCCCGGCCCCUGCCCGCGGGCCCUUCCCGGCGGCGGCGGCGGCCGGCGGCGGCGGGGGCGCGGGCGGCGGCAAGAGCAGCCUGGUGAAGCCGCCCUACUCCUACAUCGCGCUCAUCACCAUGGCCAUCCUGCAGAGCCCCAAGAAGCGGCUGACGCUGAGCGAGAUCUGCGAGUUCAUCAGCGGCCGCUUCCCCUACUACCGGGAGAAGUUCCCGGCCUGGCAGAACAGCAUCCGCCACAACCUCUCGCUCAACGACUGCUUCGUCAAGAUCCCCCGCGAGCCGGGCAACCCGGGCAAGGGCAACUACUGGACGCUGGACCCCGAGUCCGCCGACAUGUUCGACAACGGCUCCUUCCUGCGCCGCCGCAAGCGCUUCAAGCGCCAGCCGCUGCCCGCGCCCGACCUGCUGCUGCGCGGCGCGGAGCCCGGCGCCUUCCUGCAGCCGCCGCCGCAGCCGCCGCCGGCGCCCUACGGCUACGGCCCCUACGGCUGCGGCUAUGGCCUCCAGCUGCAGCCCUACGCGCCGCCCUCCGCCCUCUUCGCCUUCCACCACGCCUCGCCGCCGGCCCGGCAGCCGCCCCCUGCCGCCCCGCCCGGCCUGGGCGCCGCCGCCGCCGCCGCCGACCUGGCCCGGACCGCCUUCGGCUACGCGCCGCCACUCAGCCCGGCGCUGGCCUCCUCCCUGCACGCGGCCAAGGCGGGCUCAGGCCUGGCCCGCUCGCCCUUCUCCAUCGAGAGCAUCAUGGGCGGCGGCCUGAGCCCAGCGACCGGCAGCAGCUGCGCCUCGCAGUCCGCCGUCGUGCCCUUCCUGGCCAGGUCGCUCGUCACCUCCUCGGUGUCCUCCGCCGCCGCCGCCGCCUUGGGGACCCUGCACCAGGGCACGGCCCUCUCCGGCGGCGAGAACUUUACUGCUAGGAUUUCAAAUUGUUAAUGGGGGAAAGCCUCGAGGAAGCGGCAGGUCUCUCUCAUCUCUUGCAAUCCUCUCCUUUCCAAAGAGCUAAUGCACACGAUGCAGAUUUUUGUUUCCACUGCAGACGAGGUUUCACCUCCCCGGAGGCUGCCAGUUUCUUUGCAGGUAGGUGCCAGCUCGGGACUAUGUUCUACAACGAGACGGGUCUCCUUGUUUUCCCCCUGGCUAACGGAUUUGUUUUUUUAUUUCUAACUUUUAAUCGCUCCCAGCCCUGCCCCUGGAGCUGCCUGGCUUUGUUUACCUGCAAGAUAGUGUUUCUCUGCUUUUCUGCCUUGCUGUGUAGUUCAGCUAGUUUGUGAGCAAAUGCAAAGCACGCUUAGCCCCACAAGCAGCUGCACUGAUUCCCCUCACACCCUCUUUCUCGUUUGAUUGCUGUGCACAUCACCUUAAAUAUUUUUUUAAACUGUAGGCCUGAUUCUAAUUUCCAAUGCGAGCUGCUAUAAUAAACAAAAGCCAUAUGUAGGAGGGAAUGGGGCUCUAAUGAUUACUGAGAUUUAUUUUAUGAGACAGGGACGUGCAUGUGAGCCGCGGGUUUGGAAGCGGUUUGUUUGGAUUGUUCUGCUGCGCUGGCUCGGAGCAGAUGACCUUGUUCCGCGUUGUCUGUGCGCGCCUUGCCCUAGGCCUGGGGAACCCUCCACGAGGCUGGUCCCAACCCCGAGCCUGUUUUAGCUCCAGGCCUCCGCGGUGCUUCUGCCCCCAGGAAAUUUACCGGGCUAGCCAGAAAGCAGGAUCGCUCUCGAGCCUCUGCCUUGAGACCACUUCCCCUGGGGGAGCCAGUGUCCGGGGAAAAGCUCGACCUGUCCCAUCGGGAGCUCGGGGCUAGAGCCGGGCACUCGGCUCUGGAGGGGCAGGAGGACGUGAUUUCUCUCUGCAGGUCACCCGGGCUCAGGGGGAAAAGGUGCUGCGUGUCAGCCUGGCGGAAUCGUUGUAUGGGUGCUAGAGUAAGAGCGUUAACUCCAGCCUGGACGGCCCGGAAGGAUGUGUUACAUACGGUGCCGGGCCAUGGUCUCACUGAACUCAGCGCUGGGGGAACCAGUUUGUAUCCGAAUAAUUGAAGCUAUCUAAAGCAAGACAGCACUACUCUGAUUCUGGAUGGAGCAACAUGACACGCGGAGUUCUACGAGGCCCUGCAUUUCAUUUCCAUUUACUUUGGAAGCCAUGGGGAAAUCGAGAUCUCAGUUAUCAUAUUAAGUCUUUUGACUAAGACUGGGAGAGACUUGCCCCUAUUAGAUACCCCACCCCCGGGCCAUAGAUGUGUGCAUUUCGGAGUGCGAGUACAUAUAGAAUAAAUAAAUGAUUAUAUAUAUGCAUAUAAAGAAUAUAUAUAAUUAUAUAUGUAUAUAUACAAUCUGAUUUGUAUAGAUAUAGGUAUUCGUUGACCAUAUUGGGAAAGAAGUGUCCACUCAGUAAAAAUAUUGAAACAAGACUGGACUCUUCCUUUCCAAUUUUCCGAUGCCUAUGUUCGUUUCUCUGGGCUGAUUAUUGGCGUGCACGCCUACACGUGUCCGUAUUUGAUGGACACACGCAAUGAAGGCAGAGAAAGGAGGAGUCUUCCUCGGGUUUUCUUGUUUUAAAGUAAAUAUCGUCCUCCUGGCGAAUAUAUGUAGUGAGUUUAUGACUGAGCUGAGAUUUUUCUAAUACCGUUUGCAUGUGUCCGGCAACAUUUCACCUGUUGAAUUUACAGUGAAACAAUACGACAUAAAGACCGGUCGGGUGGUUCAGUCAUGUUCAUAAAGGAGAAUAUGGCCACCAGUGUUACUGUAUGCAGUAUAUAUAUAUGUAUAGAUAUAGAUAUCGAUAUGUAUAUGUAUAUGUGUGUGCGUGUAUAGACAAUAGCUAUAUUAUAUAUAAACUAUAUAAAUAUAGACUCUAUAUACAAACUCUAUAUUUAUAUAGACUCUAUAUAAAACGCACCUUACUCUUUCCUCUGGCUUUACCAAAUAAUCCUUGGCACGGCUUUGGGCGGGUUGUAACAGUUCCCGUGCCAAGUCUCAGCGCAGUAAGCAGACAUUGGGGAACCUCCUCUGUGCGGCUCCAAUGCUGGCGAGGAGGGGGUGAUUACAGUAAAACAAAACAAAAAGAAAAAUGCCCCCAACGCUUUGUCGAAGGAGGCAAAGGGCAGCGCUUUUCUGGAAAUUAACUUAUUUAGCUCGCUUUCAGCACAUGUCUAUUUUCUGACUUUAGAGCACCGCUUUCCUCUGUCUGGGAAGAUGUUUUAUAGGAGGACCCUGAUGCAGACAGCUGUUUUGCAGAAGAGUAUUUUGACAGCCAAAAGAUUUUCAACCCCCCGCAGCGCAACCAACCUAAUCUGAGUUAGUGAAGCCCAACAUUUAUUCCACUCGUUUGAAAGAUCGCAAAAAAUAGUAUUGCAAAAGCACUGUGCAGUUAUGACAGCUCUAAAUGCUUUUUGCACAUGCCUUUAAAAUUACCACGUCGGAACGGGCAAUGCGGAGGAGCUCUUGAUUUCUGAAACUUUCCAACCACAUCCGUAGCCCCUGUUUCCAGUCAGUCUGAUGCAAGUGGCUGACCUGUUCUUUGUCAGUAAAAGUAUCAAAAGUUUCAUUAGAGGGCUGAGCCGAGGAGCUGGUUUUCGCAUUGUGCUAAGGAUGCCUAUUUCUCAUAGGGCCCCUUUAUAAAUAAACACCAAAGGAAGCACGCGAUUGUGUCCCGGGAGGGGCCCGCGAGUGACCUCCGCCUUGUACCUGCUCAGAAGCGGUUCUUCUAAGAUGCUACAAAUUGUCUGGGAGCUCAGUGAGCGGUGGCGUUAAGGGUGAAUGCUCAGACACAACUUCGACAUGAACAAGCUGCUUUAAUCGUCUAUUAUUUUGCUUUCUUUAGAUCCGUGAAUCCCAAAGAUCUUUGGAACACAAGCGAAGAGGGGGAAAAGGCAAGUCCGUGAGACUGCCGGUCGGUAGAGCACGCCUCCCUCAUACCUGCAUUGCCCGCUGACAUGAACGGGGGAUUCUGCGUCAUCAGCGUCAAAACCUAGGCGUUUUAGAUGCCUUUGGGUGCGGUUGUGCGUAUGAGUGAUCUGAACUGGGUAGGUUGCUGGCAGGAAGCCUCAAACGCUUUUAAAAUGGGCAAUAAAAAGCCCCUCCUUGUUUGUUUUCACCGCGAGCUAAGUUAUUGGAAGUCUCAGCUCAAGAGCAUUUCAGUCGGCAAAUUCAGCCUGUAAUGUUUAGCGCUCUCUUAAUUGACGAAAGCAGCACUGGAAAUGUUUCAGCUAAAUAGAUCCGCGAGGAAGGUAAUGAAGCUAUUGACAUUUUGCAGGACAAAAGGCAGAGUUUUCCUAGUGGCGCCUUUGGGACUUGGUUGCCAAUGAUCCCGGAGGGCCAGGAUGGUGCUUAGGGCUUGAAUCGGGGGAUCCCACAUCGGCUGCAUAAAGCUGCACCUGCCUCCGCUUUCCCUGUAGAAAGGCAGGAGGAGCACUGAGGCUUCUGGGCUGGGGACUGCCUAAACGGAGGCAUUAGCACCAAGGGCCGGUUCACGGCCUCUCCCAUCCCGCUGCUUUAAAACGUGCCGAGCAGAAAAUGUAAGGAAAGUGAAAAGGGAAGGCACCUGCGGGGGCGCGCUUCGCUUCCCGGGGGCAAAGUUUCCGGUGUUUUUCUGCACCCCAGUCCUGGCCGGGAGGACCUCGGCGGGGACUGCAACAGUCUGGCAAACGCGUGUAAACAGGCGCGUGUUGUGUCUGCUCCUGCACCCACCAGCAGCGUUGCAAAACUCCCGCUGCCCUGCCGGGGAGGGGGGGGGGGGGCAGACGGGUUCCCGUCCUUGCAAAGCGCGACAAGGUUAAACCCUCCUUCACCAGCUGCGCUCCGGUUCUUUGAUUUGAAAAAUCCAUGUGUGGAAACAGUUGACAGGAACCUAAAAGGAUUAGUUGCAUUCCACACAGGAUCAUUUUUGCUGGUAACAUUUUUAAACGAUUGAUCCCUUCCCGACCAUAAACAGCGUCCAGAGAAACGA